CGGACCCCGCUGGCCCCCAGCGAGAUGAUCACGGCGCAGAGCGCGCUGCUGGAGAGGGAAGCGCAGGAGUCCAGCACCACCGACGAGGAGCUCGCAGGCCGGAGAGCGGCCAACGGGAGCAGCGAGAGGGGCGGCGCCCUCAGCACCCCCGACUAUGGGGAGAAGAAGCUGCCACAGGCGCUCAUCAUCGGGGUCAAGAAAGGAGGGACCCGCGCGCUGCUGGAGGCGAUCCGAGUCCACCCGGACGUGCGGGCGGUGGGCGUAGAGCCGCACUUCUUCGACAGGAACUACGAAAAGGGGCUGGAGUGGUACAGAAACGUGAUGCCUAAGACUUUGGAUGGGCAGAUAACCAUGGAGAAGACGCCAAGUUACUUUGUGACAAAUGAGGCUCCCCAGCGCAUCCACUCCAUGGCCAAGGACAUCAAACUCAUUGUGGUGGUGAGAGACCCCGUGACCAGGGCCAUCUCCGACUACACCCAGACACUGUCAAAGAAACCCGAGAUCCCCACCUUCGAGGUGCUGGCCUUCAAAAACCGGACCCUGGGGCUGAUCGAUGCCUCCUGGAGUGCCAUUCGAAUCGGGAUCUAUGCUCUGCACCUGGAAAAUUGGCUCCAGUAUUUCCCCCUCUCUCAGAUCCUCUUUGUCAGCGGUGAGCGACUCAUAGUGGACCCUGCUGGGGAAAUGGCCAAAGUACAGGAUUUUCUAGGCCUCAAGCGUGUUGUGACUGAGAAACAUUUCUAUUUCAACAAAACCAAGGGGUUCCCCUGCCUAAAGAAGCCAGAAGACAGCAGUGCCCCGAGGUGCUUAGGCAAGAGCAAAGGUCGGACUCAUCCCCGCAUUGACCCAGAUGUGAUCCACAGACUGCGGAAAUUCUACAAACCCUUCAACAUGAUGUUUUACCAAAUGACUGGUCAAGAUUUCAAGUGGGAACAGGAAGAGGGUGACAAAUGAGGCUAGAGAUGUGGAGGGAAGGCUAGUGAUAGCUAAGGAGGCUCCUUACCUGAGUCCUGAAUCCCCCAGGAUCUGCAGCCUAGCCUUGCUAGAGUGCCAAGUAGAUCUCCUCCUUUAUCCAUUCAGGGAUGCUUCCAAUGCUGUUGGUUUAGGCAAAGGGAUGGAUCCCAUGGCAUCCUCAUAGAGGAACCAGCAGCAUCUGGUUGACCAGAUGGCCACCAGAAUCCACUGCUAAUUCUUGUCUUCUGCUAGUUAACAGAGUUGAAGACAGAACAAACAGCUGUCCAAGUCAGAGACAGUGCCAUGAAUGUUUGUUUAAGUGAUAAAAAUGAAAGGAAAGUCUACCUUUUGGGGGGCCUCUCACUUUGCUUUGGGCAGCCUGAGUUCUAGCUCUGUGUCUGGCACAGGCCCCUGCCAUAUAAACCUCUGCCUGGCAUCUCUCCAGAAUGUUAAUUGUGGCUGAGUGCUUCAAGACUCCUAAGGAGCAAGGUCCUCCCUCUAAGGUGUGUCUAGCCUUCUCCUUAAAGGUCUCAUCCCACAACCCUUUGACUUCCUCCCUCUUCACCUUUUGAAGGCAGAGGCAUGCACGUUCCUCACCAAAAAAAUGUUCCUCACACCCCUGGAAGCCUUCUUUCUAAGAACUCUCUAAGGAGGGUUGGGUCUCUCUCUUCAUGAGCAUCGUGGGUUGCGGAGAAGCUUAGCAUAUGCCCUGGUGUUAGAAUCAGGCCCACAAGGCUGCUCUCAGGGCAGUGUGAUUGCAGCUGAGUUCAGAGCCCUGAGGUUGGUAAAGAUGAGUGCUAUAUUGGAGAGGGAAAAAAGAAAGCCAGUCCUCUUGGUGGGAGGUUUCCACACCUGAAGACCCUCCUUCAGCACUGUGGUUCUGAGACAUGCUUCUGGGGUGGGCUGUGUCCUUUAGGGUCCCCAGAGGGGCAAGGACCAGAAAAUUGGCAUGUCUUUUGUUAUGAAUAACCCUUAACAACACAAGGAGCAGGGGACCAGUCACCUCUCUUGUAUUUGCCCCACCAUCCCCCACUCACAGUCAUCUUACACUUCAUUUACUCUAUUCAGAGAUGGCACAUAUUGGGGCCGUGACAAAAAGGCUGACUCCAUUUGUCAGAUCUGGUUUAUGGGGGUGGGGGAGGGCAAGGGCUGUCUAUGGACACCCCCAUCAAGGGCUGUGGAAUAAAGUGUCCCUUCCCAUUAGAUUGAUUCCAUUAAAAUGCAGCAUUUGACAUAAAGCACUGUUCACAGAUCUCCAAAACCGGGAACUGUUCUAGUAAAAUUGGAAAUAUGUAUGAGUGGGGGGAGUUAAUCUGUUCAGCUGUUAUUAAACUGUCAUUUCUCCCGCUAAAUGAAAACUGUGUUGUUAUAAAGCUUAAUGCAACCUGA